UGAGGCGAGCGGACGGUGUAGCUAGUCUCCGCUUCGCUGUGGUUGAGAACUGUGCUGCGGGGGCGACGAAGCAGGUGCCUUACGCUUUGGUCCUCCAGUCCGUCUUAUGGAGACGACCUGGUAUUGCUCCCACGCCCACACUAGCUGUUGAUCCGAAUCGAAGAGUAAGAAGGACUAAACAGAGGAAAGCUCUGGGUCGAAGGAGAGGCAGCUGCGACGGACGGAGUGUAGUGGAAUCAACAAGUGUGUGUGUGCGCGUGUGUUCAUGCCGUAACCUUGUGGGCGUACAGAAACUUGUAGCGUCGCGUCUGUUGUGCGGGAUUCCCAGCUACUCGGAAGAGUUAAUGGACAUCCAUUCAUAGAGCGGAAAGCUCCCACUGCCAUGACACAUCGGCCCCGCCUGACAUCAAAGAGGAACUGAAGCAGAAGCAAAUAUGAAGCCUCUAUGGAUCCUUCUCCCUUGCCUCCUGGUGGUUUCUUCCAUGGUGGCGGAAGUCCAUGGCUUCAGCCCGUGUGGCAAGUGUGUGCGAGGACAGAAUCUGCUCAUCUGCCCGGGCGUCAUGAGCCAAGAGCGCUUCGAGGUCACUAUUGCGGACUACAACGGGACGAGCGAGAGCGUGUUCCACUUGAAGUGCCUGCACAGAGCCAAAUCGGUGAACCUUUCUCUGAUCGAUGAUUGCAGUUUCCCGAAUGUGAAAUACGUGAUCUUCGAGCGGUGCCCGAAGCCCAACGUGACGUUCGCCGAGGUGUUCCGGAGCAGCGGAAUCGAACCCGAGAAUGUUCUUACCUUCACCUUUAUGUCUGUGUUCACUGGCCAGCCCGGCGAGGAUCUGGAGGAGUGGCACUUCCAAGGGCUGAGCAACCUGACCAGUCUGAAGCUUCGAGGCAACAACUUUCAGUCUCUGCCGCCGGAUAUCCUGAAAUACACGCCCAAACUACUUAUUUUCAGCUCUCAUUCAACAAUAUUUCCACUGUCUCAGAAACACUUUUCCAGAAUACGACCCAACUCAAAACUCUCCACCUUUUCGAAAACGGAUUCACUCACUUGCCAGAGACUGUUCAAAAAUCUGAAUAAGCUCACCAACAUCAGUCUGUGGAAGAACAAUAUUGAACAAAUUAGCCCCAAACUUUUCCAAAAUCUACCGUCCUUAUGGUCCCUGGAAUUAAGCUUUAACAAAAUAUCGACUUUGGAUCCUGAUGUAUUUGCAAGUAUUCCAAAUGUAGUCAAGAUCCUUUUGGAUAAUAACAGGAUCGAAAACCUACCUGAACACAUGUUUAGGAAUUGCACCAAGUUAGAAUAUGCUCAUAUGAGUAAUAACAGAAUAACGUCCGUGCAUUCAGAACUGUUUAGAGAAAGGAAGAAACUCUACAGCAUAGAGCUCAACAACAACAUGAUAUCCAGUAUCCCAGAAGAUCUGUUUAAAGGAUUAAACAACUUGGGAAAGUUAAAGAUGAAAAGAAAUGCACUGAAGACCCUCCCAUCACGCCUCCUGUCAGACUUAUCUAAGUUAGAGGUUCUGGAUUUACAGUCAAAUAUCAUCGAAGAACUUCCAUCAGGAUUCUUGGACAAUCAGCGAAUAAUGGACAUACUAAUCUUGAAGAAUAACAGCCUUGCAGAAUUACCUGAGGGAAUUUUCAAGAACUGUGAGGGACUCCAGCAAAUUUACAUGAGCCACAACAAAUUUAGUACCCUGCAAAGCUCCUGGUUUCCAGCUCCAGUCACGGCUCUUAGGGAACUGGACUUGGAAAGCAAUAAUAUCUCAUUCUCCUCAUUUGCAAACGGACAAGAAAUUUCAGUUGAAGAGAACUUCCCCCUCUUGAGUCAAGUCAACUUAGAGAAAAUUUAUCUUGGAAAUAACAGAAUUACAGCUGUUCCCCAAGCAUUUAGUAGUAACUUUGCGAACCUCACAAUACUGAGCUUGACUCAUAAUGAUAUUGAGUUCGUGGAUGCCAGUGGUCUUAUCUUUAAAUCUGAUGAAGUAGUUCUUCACCUCGAAAACAACAAAAUCAGAACCAUUGAUUUACAACACAUACAAAAUAUCGCAGCUUAUAAGGUAAUUGAUCUUUUCAUGGCAGGCAACCCACUUGUAUGUGACUGCAAUCUAUACUGGUUUUUGAGAAUAUUGCAAGGAAAACAUUUAGAUGGAGAAGUACCCCGACUUGUAGUGAAAAAGCCUGAAGUAUUGACAUGCUCAUACAUUGACGAUGAAACCACAGUCAAACAGCUAAUGAGAGUCAGCUCAGAAGUGCUUACUUGUAGACUACAGGAGUGCCCUGAGAGGUGCAAGUGCUAUACAAGGCCACAUGAUAAUAUGUACAUUGUCGAUUGUGCAUAUCAGAAGCUCCAUAAGAUACCAAAAAUCAUCAGUCAGGAAGAACAAAAUUUACGCAACUAUUCCCUCACCUUAAACCUAAGGAACAACAGUAUUUCUAACCUAGAUCAAGUACAAGACCCAGAAUACCGCUACUUAGUAAACUUAACAAUUCCAAACAACAAUCUCGUCUCCUUGAAUGAAUCAAAUCUACCAGACAGCUUACGAGUCCUUGAUAUUCGCGGGAACAACUUUACAUAUUUAGAACCAUCAGUGAUAGACUACUUUAAUAAGACUGAUAUAACUCUGAGUCUUGGAGAGAAUCCAUGGGUCUGUGACUGCAAACUUACCGAUCUCCAGAGCUUUCUCAGAAUUCAAGAACUGAAGGUUUUGGACUUCCACAACAUUCGCUGUAUGAAUAUCAACGAGACACUGGUAGACGUGACGGAAGGGGACAUGUGCCCCAUUGUCUUGCCCCCAGAGGUCAUCAUCGCCAGCACAGUGAUCAGCAUGUUCUUGAUUCUCUCUGGGGUCUUAGCUACUGUUAGCUUUUGGAAGUACAAGGAAGAAAUCAAAGUUUGGCUCUUCACUCACCGGUUGUGCCUGUGGGCUGUGGCACACGAGGAGUAUGAUAACAACAAAAAGUAUGAUGCUUUCAUCAGUUACUCCAAUAAGGAUGAAGAAUUUGUGAACACUGUAUUAGUGCCAGGACUGGAGUCUGGGGAUCCAAAGUACAAAGUAUGCUUACACUACCGUGACUGGUUGCCUGGAGCUUACAUUCAGCAGCAGAUUACUCAGAGUGUGGAAGCAAGUCGCAGGACCAUCGUUGUGCUCUCAUCAAAUUUCAUAGAAAAUGUCUGGGGUCAUCUUGAGUUCAAGACAGCUCACUGCCAAGCUUUGAAAGACAGGCACAACAGAGUUAUUGUUAUUGUACUUGGAGAGGUUCCUCCAGAAAAUGAGCUGGAUGAAGAGCUGAAACUGUACCUCUCGACCAGAACUUACCUCCAGUUCGGUGACCCCAAGUUCUGGGAGAAGUUGCGGUAUGCAAUGCCACACCCCUAUGACCUCAUUUAUAAAAAGCAAAGGAAACGGAGAGACACAGACAAAUUAGAAUUGGUGAAGUCAGAUUCAAAGGAGAGUAAGUGAAAAUGAAAGUGAACCUAAUGGAAAAGGACAUUGGAGUUGUGUUCAUAAGCAGAGUUUGGAAGUAACAAACUACUUUUAGAUUUGAGAAUUGGUCUCCAUUUAUAAAUUUAUUUACCCAAAAAGUAAUGAUUAUUGUCACCAUUACCUGUGAUACUUUAGUUGUACAGAUUGCAAAGAAAUAUGGCAAAAAUGUGAGUAGCAUUACUUACUUUUAACAUUUUCUGAAUUUGUCUAUGCCUUUUUCAGAAAUAUUGAAACAGGCAUUAAUGAAAGUUUGGGAGAUAACAUACUGGUUUUCCUGUUUUUAUAAAUAAACUUAUAAGUUAAGGGCAAUUUUAGAGUCUAAAAAUAUUGAUGGUACUUUCCUACUCUAUAUAUAUGUAUGUAUUACAAGAAAUGUUUUUGUUACUCUGGUUUAAUAGGAAGAUAGUGCUAUAUGAUACUCAUUGAAAAUAAGUCUGAUAUUGUUGAGUAAUGUAUCUUAUUAAGUGAUGAGAGAUCCUGUAAAUCUAAUGGUAACCUGUCUUGGAAUAAUGAAAGUGUCCAAUACAAUAAACUGUUGGCUGAAACAAAACUUUGUGUUAGCCAGAGAAAGUUGCUAACCCCUGUGGAUUCAGUGCUGCAACCAAAUGCCAGUGAGUGAGACAAGUGUGAAAAUGAUUUUCUUUUGGGUAUUGUAUGAACAGUGGGAAGAUGGACAGUUUUGAUUAUGGUGGUAGAAGGAAGAAUGCAAUUAAUAAAAUUAAAUUUAUUGAAAAGUGGCAUCUCUCCAUAAUAACUUUAUUAACUAGACUACUCUAUAUUCUCUGUGAAUCCUCUGUUUACAAAUAGUCUUGUAAUGACCAUAUUCAUUGCUGUAGCUGAUUACGACUUAGCUUGACAGUAAUGCACAAUUUACAUUUUCUCUAGUCAUAUGCCUGCAAAAGGUCUAGCAUACUAACCUCCAAUGAUGUUUAUCUCCUUUAUUUUUUAUUUAAUUUUGUUUAUUUUAGGAAUACAUUGAAUAUCAAUUUGUGAACACAAACCGCUCAAGCUAAAACUCCUUCUGAAUAUUUUGUAUUAUCACAGAUUUUUGUAUUAGGCUGUAAUGCUUUUAUGGAUAAUAACUAAUUUGUACAAUUUUUCCAGAUUUUCUAUAAAAAAAAAGUGUAGUCAGGUCUAAUUGUUUUACAGGAAGGUUAUAAAAACUUCAUAUUUGUUAUUAAAUACAUAUUCUCACAUUUUAUGCUACAAAACUAACAAAUAUGUAGUUACCAUGAAAAGGAAUCAUUAAUGCACAAUGCCACAAUCAGUAAAAUAGGUAACUGUAUAAAACUGAUAUGCUCUAAGUUUGGUAGAUAAUAGUUAAUUAGUCAAGAGAAUUCAAAAGAGAGAGUCUGUAACAAGUACAUGAGUGCACACACACACACACACACACACACACACACACACACACACACACACACACACACACACACACACACACACACACACACACACACACACACACACACACACACACACACACACACACACACACACACACACAAAUAUACAAACAAAAUAGUGUAUGCCAGCUUUCUCAAUCAUUCUAAGGGCACACAGCCUACAUGCCACAUGCAUAAAACAAUAUGCCAAGAGUUUAUUUAAUGUACAAAAUGUUUGUAUUUCACUUUUUUAAGGUACAGGAUUAUCCAAUAUUGUACUUGCAGCUCUAUUCUAUAAAGACAUUGCAAAAAUGAAAUAAUUUUUGUGCAAUAAUACUUUCAUUGUGUUACUCUGAAAAGUGAGUAUUACUCUCAGCAGGUAACCAAUGAAUACUCAGUACAUUCUAUGAAUUGUUUUACUUUGAGAAUGAUUUUCUUCUGUUUUGUAUGUUUUCUUUGAGAGUUCCUAAUUUUAUGCUAACAAAAAGGGACCAAGAAUAAGUUGGAUUUCAUAAAAUUUACCUCUUUGUGUUUAUGAAAGAUUACCAAAAAAGUCCUUUGAGGGUCUUUGUAACAAGCUUAAUAUCUGAACAUUUCAUUGGGAAAAAAAUUAUGCAUAACCUUGACCACAGUUCUACAAUUCACCACCUCCCCCUGUGUGCUUUAAAUAAUUGGUGUUCUAAUCACUUGCAGUGCUAGAGAUGCUCAAACUUCCAAAGAGCAGUGCAGUAUUUUGAGUGCAGAAUAUUGCCCUAUUAGCAACUUGCUUAUUACACAAGAUGUUUAAGAUAACACUGUAAAUCUCUCAAGUGACUUCACCACACAUAAAGUUCAAAAUGACCUUCACACACAGGAUAAUAAUUGAUGUUAGAAGGACUAUGUUUUCUUCACCCAAGUGACUUGUAUCUUUCCGGAUAUUGAAAGCCUGAUAGAGAAUUCUUACAGAGCUAAUGUUUUCAUUCUGCUGUGUACAUAAUGUAAAUAAGAAUUAUAUUAAGGUGCUUUGUAAAUUAAUGUCAAUAAUUUUUUAGAAAUACUGUAUACCUUGGUAUUAUUUGUGUCUACUAUUCCAUAUUUAGUUUAUAGAUUUAGAUUUUUAUGAAACUAAAAAUCACAGCAUUUUUUCAGAUGAAUGGUAAGUGAAUUACAUAUCAAAAUUUACAAAUAGAAAGGGACUUUUUCAUUUACUAUUUUUGUAAGAAUGAAAGUCUGCAAUUUAGAUAUCAAAGAGUAUAUUUAAUAUUGAGAUUAAAAAGUGAGAGAUAUUUUUAGCAUGUCAGAUGCAUUUCCCAAAUAUAUUGGAGCAGAAUGGGGCAUUUUGAUGUAGAUUUUAUUGUAAUCAUGACAUCAAUAGUACGUAGGACACUCAGCCCCGUGAUCUCGGUAAAGAAUAAAGGUACACAUAUGCUUAUACAGGGAAAUAUAUGCAUAUAUAUAGCCAGGUGAUAAUUUGGUACCAGUUUUAAUAUAAAUCUAUUUACACAUUUGUCUGAAUUAUUGAUGUUGUCAGUUGCAUCCCAGAAUCAGCCACUGGAAGCAAUAACAGUAACAGUAAUAAUGACACACUGAUGAGUGACCAUAGCAAUCAUGUUAAUAAAUUUGUCUGGUUCCCCCAUCCUAUCAUUCUCUAAUACCCCCCUCUGUACACUGUACUCAGUCACCUCCACAUGACUUCAUAGGCCUUAUCCAUGUGACAUCUUAGGCCAAAGCUGCACAGAACUCAUAAGUGACAAGACAUUACAUAUAUAGACUUUAGCAGCAAUAACUGUGGGAUGAGUGAUGAGUCAUAGGUGUUAGAUGGUUCUUCAGUUCAUUUCCAAUAUAUAUGUGAUUUGUAAUCUCACUGAUGUAUGUUUUUCUAACAAAAAUAAACAUCUCUUGAGCUG